AAUCCCUCCAAGCACACCAUAAACAACAGGAUACCAAUGAAAUACGCAAUAACUAUCACAGCGCUUCUCUCGCUGGCAUACACGGGCACAUCCGCCUGCGUCUCAGGCACGUACCGGUGCGCACAGAAAAGCGGGCUGGCCGCGCAAUUCCUGCAGUGCGCCAACGGCAGCGAAAUUUCCAUGAUGUGCGGGCCCGGCACAGUCUGCUACUCGCAGGGAAACAGCAUUAUGUGCGGGUUUCCCGUAGACACGGCAAGCGAGCCGGCCACCGAUAAGGGGCUGGUGGCGGGCGCACAGUGCCAGGCAUUGUCGCCGUGGGACGAGUAUGUGUGCCCAGGGGAGAGCGGCGUCCCAUGCGUAUUUCCUCAGGUGCGUCAGUGGCAAUUACAUACAUUUUAGCUGUCCGCCGGGCACCGGUGUGUAUUAAGAGCAAGGGCAGCAGUAUGUACUGCGGGUGGAAGGGCGAUGGCGGGGCACUGGCUGGUACUUUAUCUGGGAGUACCUCGGCUGGGGCCACUUCGGUCGAGACUACUCCGGUCGAAACUACUCCAGCUGAGACCACUCCGGUCGAGACUACUCCAGCUGAGACCACUCCAGCUGAGACCACUCCAGCUGAGACCACUCCAGCUGAGACUACUCCAGCUGAGACCACAUCAGCAGAAAUACACUUUAUCCUGAUACUAUGGUGCUUGCCAACGGCAUCCAUCUGCCAAUGCCCCUGCCCAACAUUGAGCUGCCGGAGAUCAACCUGGCGAAUUGCAGUCACGGGUCUGCAUUUGCCCACGAUCACCAUACCGUCGCUCAAUCCAGCCAGUUUGACGAAUUUCGCGUAUAUCGAGGGCAUUCUGAGCAAGGCGCAUAUGUCGUUUGACGAUAUUGCCAAUCUGCCGUUGCCGGACCUCGAGAGCAUCAGCCUGCCGAACAUGGGCAGCCUGAAUAUCGGCAAUCUCAUGGGCAUGAUGGGCGGCGGCGGGCUGGGCAACGUUCCGCAGACCACAACGCUGGGGCAGGACGAAAUCAUCAAUGCCAUCGGCAUCUCCAUGAUUACCGAUACGUUAAACCACUGAGCUACUUUAAAAAAAACC